AUGCCAAAUCCGAGAUCAGUCCGAAGCAGUCAGCGGUCUGUUCUCGCUUGCACUAAUUGCUCUCGCCGCAAGAUCAAAUGCUCCAAGACUAUUCCCUGCACAGCAUGCGUGCGCCAGAGCAAAGCUGCACAAUGUCAGCGAGAGCCCGUCACUGUUGUUUCUAGGCGCUCGGCAGGGUGCUCCAAGGCCUCGACAGCACUAGAUGACCCGCCGCCUGUACCUGUCCCAGAAGCGGCCAGCGUCGCGACAGUGUCGCCAGCUUCGAUCGAGGAGGUACCUACUACUGUUAACCCUGCAGCUGGAAGCACUGCUACAAGCUUCAGUGAUUCCCUACCGCAGAUUGAUGAGCGAAUGAUUGAACACCUUUUGGCUUCCCUAUCCACGCCCGACACAAGGUUAACCAACGAAGCUGCUGCCAUGCUGGAGUUUCUUACCCACGGUCGGCGCAAUAUUCUCAACCAAUUUAUUGGAAGAGAGUCUAUUUUCACCUCCAUGACGCAGCCUGUUCAAAAGUGGAAUACAUUCCUGCCUGUUGAGGAUGCUCGCUCACUGCUGGUGAUUCAUGAGAAGCAUUUGACUUGGAUGCAUAACACGGUACAUAUGCCAACGUUUCUGUGCGAGUUUGAUGAGAAUAUUCUCAAUAUUGGAUGUGACAGUAAUUGGAUAGCUCUCUAUUAUGCUCUUCUCUCCCAAACGCUCUACCAUCUCGACAACGACUACCUGUCGUCUCUACGCCAGCCAAUAACAGUUGACAGUAAAGCUUCGCGUACUUUGUUUGACAAGAGCAGAGAGAUGCUGCAUAAAGCCGAGUUCAUGGAUAAGCAUAAGCUGACCUCGGUUCAAACAAUCUGCUUGCUGGUUCAGGUUGCUCAUAACUUUGACAAGUCGGACUUAACUUGUGUUCUCGUAUCCGCUGCUAUUCGCAUCGCUCAAUGUCUGAACCUCCACCGAUUGGGACACGAUGAUAAUGUCGUCUGCCACAGUGAUACCCAUAGUGUCAUUGACCGUGAGGUACGAAAAAGAGUUUGGUGGUUUCUCGUGCGGUACGACUGGCUGCAGAUCCCGUUCCAGAAUACUUGCCAGAUCCAUUAUUCGCAGUUCAACACCCAAAUGCCCGCUAAUUGCCAUGAUGAUGAAGAGCGCAUGAUUAAAGAUGGCAGAGUUGAUGUGCAUCCGGCUGAGAUCAGCACCAUUACUACCUGGACGAAUUGCCUUGCCCAAAUGUCUGUCGUUAUGUGGAGACAUCAUGAUCACAUGUUACAGAAAGGAAGUACAGAGACUGAUGAUAUUGAUGGACGAUAUGAUGAAGUCAUCCGAGCCGAUGAGGAGAUCAAGAGCCUGUAUCUCUCAUGGUCUGAUACGCUACGAGAUGUCAAUACUACGCCAAGCGACAAUCCAGCAACCGAUAGUCUGCCUACGGGCCUAAUGCCAGCGAUGCUUCUGAUGAGUAUCGCCCAGAAGAUCUUUACCGUUCAUCGCCAAUUCCAACUGUCGUGUUUCCGUGACAGGCGAUACGCGUUUUCUCAGCUGUCGUGUGUGACGAUAGCGAAACGAAGCAUCGAAGCAUUCCAGCGAUGGCCCGAUUGUCUUGAGGCACGCAUCUGCCGCAGAAUGUGGACUACGCUGUCCUACAUGAUCAGCUGCUCAAUCACUCUCCUUUUUGCUUUGCUUUUCAAGGCCCAGAAUGCCCUCACGCAUGACUGGGAUAGGCUACGCGGUUAUGUCGAGUUUGGGAAAGACUUCCUUGGUAAAGAAGCACAGGCGAGCUCAAUCGCCAGGAGAGGAGUUAGAUUGCUCGGCGCGUUGAUGGAGCUCGAGCGCACAUCGGGGUUCUCAUCGGACAUUGAAGCGGAUAUUGGAGAUACUAUACGCCGCGUUGCGUUAGCUGAUGAUGACGGCGUUGAAGCGAAUCCCGGUGAGGGGUACCAGAUAGUCUUUCCGUAUGGGCAAGAUCUUUGGGAAAGCCUGAUGAGGGAUCCUACUGAGGGUGAACUGAUAUGAUGUCUCAAGUGGACUGAAUUU